GUUAUACCGUUGUAAUUUUUGACUAUCAAUUCACUCAAUAUUUUAAACUUUGAAGUUGUAUUGAGGCAAGUAUUAAAGUUCCAAAUUUUAAAUCUACGUAAAAUCACGGCAGCUUUUGUUUAUAAAAUAUAUGGAAAAUAUAAAUAAAACAAUGAAAGAGGAAAAAAGACUGGAAGAUGCUCCACAUUUCACCGAAGAUGAAAUAAUGCUUCUAUUGAAUCUUCUAACAAAGUAUGGACAAAUAAUUGAACAAAAAUCGGUCGACGCAAAUAGUCAUAGGCAAAAGCAAAAAGCUUGGACGGAUCUAUCAUACGAGUUUAAUAACACCACCAAAAGUAGUAUUCGUACAUUAGAUGACUUGCAAAUUUGCUACAGGCAUUUAAAAAAGGUAGCCCAAAGAUCUACAAAGUGUUCCUAUAAAAAACGUGCCCACAGUCCGGAUUUGAGUCGUGAAAAUAAUGAUCCUUAUCAGGAGCUUAUUUCGGGUAUAGUCGAAAAGGAAUAUGUAAAACUUAACCUUAGCUGGCCCAAAGAAGAGAAAGACGAUGUUUGUAACAGAAAGGUAAAAAGGUUAGUCAGAUCAACAUUUAAUGACUGUUUCAACCUGUUUUACGAUAAUACUGUUGCUGAAAGUCCCAUCUUAAGUAAAGUUCUUAAUCAUAGAAUUACUGAAAGCUAUAACUUGCAUAAAGGAGAUAAUCCGGAAAGCGGUACUAUUCAAAAAGUAAAAUAUUUUGUUGGGGCUGCCCUUAACGACUGCUAUAAAGUGUUUGAAGAAACACGAAAUGAUCCCACAGAAGAGAAAAAAACUGGUCCUGAAGCUGAACCCACUUUAAAAAAUGUUUCUGAUACUCAAUUGAACCAGUUGUCAGCUGCUGAAAAGUUUGAAGAAUUGUUAGCUCAAAGGAAAAUUCUAAAAUUGCAGUUAACGGAUGAGAAGGAAAAAUUGGAACAUAACCGUAUUAUGAGGCUAAUGGAACUGAAAGAGAAAGAAGAAAAAUACAAUCAUGAACGUCUUAUGUUUAAGCUCGAAGCUGAAGAUGCACAGAAAAAGUACGAGCAUAACGAAAUGCUAAGAAAGAUGCAGUUGGAAAAGCAUAAUAAUUAAAUUUAAACAAUUAAAAUUAUAAUUAUUGCAGAAUUUAUUCUUGUAAUGACAAGUGAUGUUAAAUUAUACUAAUAAAACCAGCUUUUCAAGUUUUUUUU